AUGGCGAUGAUGUUCCGGAGCGAAGAGAUGGCCCUGUGCCAGAUGUUUAUCCAGCCGGAGGCGGCCUACACGUCCGUGUCCGAGCUGGGAGAGACGGGUGCAGUCCAGUUCCGUGACUUGAACGUCGACGUGAAUGCGUUCCAGCGGAAGUUUGUCAGCGAGGUGCGCCGUUGCGAUGAGAUGGAGCGCAAGCUGCGUUACGUUGAGGGUGAGGUGAAGAAGGACAACGUGCAGAUCCCGGAAUGUUCGGUGGAUGAUUGGCCCCGGGCACCGAACCCACGCGAAAUCAUCGAUCUCGAGACGCGCCUCGAGAAGACGGAGAACGAAAUACUGGAGCUGUCGCAGAACGCGGUCAAUCUGAAGUCGAACUAUCUCGAACUAACCGAGCUGAAGCAUGUGCUGGAGCGGACGCAAUCGUUCUUCUUCGAGCAGGAGGUGAUCGUCAGUACGGACGCAGCCAAGAGCAACCUGAUCGCGGAAGAUCCGACGGCCGCCCAGAGCCGUGGGCGGUUGGGUUUUGUGGCUGGUGUAAUCCAGCGCGAAAAGAUGCCGGGCUUCGAGCGGAUGCUGUGGCGUAUCUCGCGCGGUAACAUCUUUCUGCGGCAGGUCGAGCUGGAGGAACCGUUGGAAGAUCCGGCUACGGGUAAUGAAAUCUUCAAAACUGUAUUCGUGGCGUUCUUCCAAGGAGAGCAGCUGAAGGCGCGCAUCAAGAAGGUAUGCACCGGAUACCAUGUGUCGCUGUAUCCGUGUCCGAGCUCCGGUUCCGAGCGUACCGAGAUGGUGAAGGGCGUUUGCACGCGCCUCGAGGAUCUGAAGAUGGUGCUCAACCAAACGCAGGAUCACCGUUCGAUCGUCCUAGCUACCGUAGCGAAGGAACUGUUCAACUGGCGCAUCAUGGUGAAGAAGAUGAAGGCCAUCUACCAUACGCUGAAUCUGUUCAACAUGGAUGUCACGAAGAAGUGUCUCAUUGGAGAGUGCUGGGUGCCGGUGCCGGAUCUACCCAAGGUCCAGAAAGCGCUCUCCGAUGGAUCCGCUGCCGUAGGCAGCACAAUUCCGUCCUUUCUGAACGUGAUUGACACGAACGAGGCGCCUCCGACGUAUAACCGAACGAACAAAUUUACGCGCGGCUUCCAGAAUCUGAUCGAUGCGUACGGUAUUGCAUCGUACCGUGAGGCGAACCCGGCCCUGUACACGAUCAUCACUUUUCCGUUCCUGUUCGGCAUUAUGUUCGGUGAUCUUGGCCACGGCAUGAUAAUGGCACUGUUCGGUUUGUGGAUGGUAACGGGCGAGAAGAAACUCGGCGCCAAGAAGUCGACCAACGAGAUCUGGAACAUUUUCUUCGGUGGGCGCUAUAUUAUACUGCUGAUGGGCCUGUUCUCCAUGUACACCGGAUUCGUGUACAACGAUAUCUUCUCGAAGUCGAUGAACAUCUUCGGAUCAGGCUGGAGCAUUAAUUACAACACCUCCACGGUAAUGUCCAACAAGGAUCUUACGUUGAAUCCCGGUUCGACCGAUUACGACACGGAAAUCUACCCGGUCGGAUUGGAUCCCGUAUGGCAGCUGGCCACGAACAAGAUUAUCUUCCUGAACUCGUACAAAAUGAAGCUGUCGAUCAUCUUCGGUGUGGUGCACAUGAUCUUCGGUGUGUGCAUGAGCGUCGUCAACCAUAACUUCUUCCGCAAGCGCAUCAGCAUCGUGCUGGAAUUCCUGCCGCAGAUCAUCUUCCUGGUGCUGCUGUUCGCGUACAUGGUGUUCAUGAUGUUCAUGAAGUGGAUCGCCUAUACCGCCAAAACCGAUUACCAACCGCGUACGCCCGGCUGUGCCCCGUCCGUGCUGAUCAUGUUCAUCAACAUGAUGCUGUUUAAGAACUCCGAACCAUUCCACGGCUGUGACGAGUUUAUGUUUACCGGUCAGAAUGAGCUGCAGCGUACGUUCGUCUUCAUUUCGUUGCUUUGCAUUCCCUGGAUGCUACUCGGCAAGCCGUUCUAUCUGAUGUUCAAGCGCAAGAAUGCAUCACCGGUAGGUUACAUGCAUACGUCCACACCCAUUCCCAAUAAUGGAGACGUCCAUCAGGGAGGUGAAUCGAACCAUAGCUCCAGCCCGAAACCACACGACUCGCACGACGAUGAACCGAUGGCCGAAAUCUUCAUCCAUCAGGCAAUCCACACGAUUGAGUAUGUGCUCAGUACAGUGUCGCAUACCGCGUCCUAUCUUCGCUUGUGGGCUCUUUCCCUUGCCCAUGCGCAACUGUCCGAGGUACUGUGGAACAUGGUACUAUCGAUGGGUCUUAAGCAAACGUCCUACAAAGGUGCCAUCAUGCUGUACUUAGUGUUUGGUGCCUGGUCACUGUUUACGCUCGCCAUUCUUGUCAUGAUGGAAGGAUUGUCCGCCUUCCUGCAUACACUGCGUUUGCACUGGGUCGAGUUUAUGAGCAAGUUUUACCAAGGUUUGGGCUAUGGUUUCCAGCCAUUCUCGUUCAAACAGAUCAUCGAUAGUGAUGAAGAUUUUGAGUAA